GGGGGGGGGGAGUAAAGGAUCCUUAAAAGGAAAGAAUAAAAAGAUAGUCAUGAUUUUCUCUUUCGUCUGCUGUGAAUAGUAUUUACGUACUGCCGCCUGACCUUGUUGAAGGAGAGUGCUGUAUCCAAAAGACACAGGCAAAAGCUGCUCUGUUUGGAACCAUGGGGAACAGGGAAGAUGGCUGCCUCUUUUGCGGCCUAGCACAAUGGAGCCAGGCUGCAAGGCCUGAAACGUGUUAGCCAAAUGAUCAGAGGAGGCUUGGAUUGGGGCUUUGGGGGCUAGAAGUGUUCAGAAGCAUAUCGUUCAAAAGAUCAUAACAAUGUUCUCUGCUGUCUUUUGAGGCAAGUCGGGCCUUACAAAGAAGUUGAAAGCUGAGGCAAGAUGGCGUCUUCCUUUUCGGCCUAGCAGCGAGGGGCCAGCCUGGAAGGCCUUAAACAUGUCAGCAGAGGGGCCAAAGGGGGCCAUCCGUUGUCAGUGGGUUCAUGGGGUGAUGUGUGUCAGGUUUGGUCCAGGUCCGGCCUUUCUGGUGGUCCCAGUGGUGUUUUGGAUGACCAAAGUGUAGGCCGAGGUUGUUAACUCUCCCAAAGCUAGCAUCGUUCUGAGGAGAGAAGUAGGCCGAACGAAGCCAGUUGGUAGUAGUUUUUCCCUCAGCGAUCCCAGUGGCCUGUGAAAGUGGCGGCCAAUCAGAGCUGGCCCAUAUUCCGGCUGGCCAAUUAGAAAGCUGAUCCAUAUUCUGCGAGGCCAAUCAAAACGCGAACACAUAUUCCGCCAGGCCAAUCAAAACGCUGAUACAUACUCCGAUUUCACUUUUAUUAUAUAUAUAUAUAGAUGUUAUAUUGUAUUAGUAUAUUAUGUUAUUAUUAUCAAAUAAUAUAUUAUGUGAGAUUUCUUUUUUUUCACAAUAUACUUUAUUAUUAUAUAUUAUGUCAUACUAUAUUACAAUUUUACAUUAUCGUAUGAUUAUUAAUAUAUUAUUAUUAUUAUUUUAUCACAAUAUAAUGUAUCCUAUCCGAUUUGUCAUCGAUGCCCUCGUUUGGGCUUCACGCAAAUCUACCUCUAUACAACCCUGUGCUUUGACCAAAGUCUAAUUGUAAUCAUGAUAUAAUAUUAAAAAUAAUUAUAAUAUUUUAUUAAAUAUUAUUGUAUUCUUUUUAUGAUAUUAUACUAUUAUUUUUAUAAUAAUAUAUUUUUAUAUUUUCCCUCCUCCCUCCCUCCCCCCUCCCUUUGUCACACAGCAAACAGAGGAAUUGAUCAGCAGCUGAACAGACUGGAGAGAGAGAGAGAGAGAGAGAGGGGGGGGGGUCUGGGGAGAACUGGCCCUGAUUUAGAGGAGUUGUAGGGACUGGGAUGUAUAGUUCACCUGCCAUCUAAGAACUGCACUCUGAACCCCACCAAUGAUGGACCUGGAACUCACUUGGCACACAGGCCCAACACGGCCAACUUUGCAUACUGAUGGGGUUUGGGGGCGAUUGACCUUGACUUCCAAGAGUUAUAGUUCACCCAUAUUGGAAUCAGUGAGGACUCUGAACUCCACCAACAAUUGACCUGGAACUAACUUGGCAAACAGAACCCACAUGACCAGCAAAAAAUACUGGAGGUCUUUGGGGGGAAUUCACCUUCAUUUGGGGGAGUUGUAGUUCACCUGCAUCCAGAGAGUACUGUGAACCCAAACACGGAGGGAUCUUGACCAGACUUGACACACAGACCAGAUAUGCCGAGAUGUGAUUAUUGGAGGGGUUUGGAGGGACUGAUCUUCCUUUCUGGGAGUUGUAGUUCACCCACAACCACGGAAACUGCGACCUCCACUGAUGAUGGAUCUGGACCACACUUGGCACACGGAACCCCAUGUAACUCAACCUACUGGAGGAGUUGGAGGGGACAGACUCACCAUGGUGGGAGUUGUAGUUCACCCUACAGCCAGUAAGCACACUGGACCCCACUCGUGAUGCGUCAAGAGCAAACUUACCCAACAUACAAACUUGGCAGUAUUGAUGGAGUUUCUGGGGGUUAACUUGGCAUGAUGGGAGUUGUAGUUCACCCACAAUCUUAUGAGUUUUGGACAAUUAAAACACUGAUUUGUGAUCUUGCUGAAUUCCUACAUUCACUUUGGAUUAUAGAGCAGAACGGAAGAGUCGGAAGAGACUGCAGGAGGCACCCAGUCCAGGCCUCUGCCGUGCAAGGAAAGUGCAAAGUCCCCCUGACAGAUGUGCAUCUGGCCUCUGGUUAAAGGAUUCCAGAGGAGCCUCCACUACAUUUUGAGGCAGAGAGUUUCACUGCCGAACAGCUCUUACAGUCAGGAAGUUCUUCUUAAUGUUCAGAUGGAAUCUACUUUCCUGUAAUUUGAACCGACUGCUGUGAGUGAUCAGAAAGGGAAAAACAAGAAUCAAGUGUCAAUAUUGGAAUUAAAUGUACAUAGCACUGCUGACAUGGAGGAGAAAGCAUAUAAAUGUAUCGAAUGUGGAAAGAGCUUUAGUAAGCAUGGAAACAUGAAGAGACAUCAAAGGAUUCACACUGGGGAGAAACCCUAUAACUGCCUGGAGUGUGGACAGAGCUUUGCUCAGAAGGGAAGCUUACAUACACAUCAAAGGACUCACACUGGGGAGAAACCCUAUACAUGCCUGGAGUGUGGACAGAACUUCACCCAUAGUUCAGGCCUACGUUCACAUCAAAGGAUUCACACUGGGGAGAAACCCUACAACUGCCUAGAGUGUGGACAGAGCUUUGCUCAGAAGGGAAGCUUACAUACACAUCAAAGGACUCACACUGGGGAGAAACCCUAUAAAUGCCUGGAGUGUGGACAGAGCUUCACUCAUAGUUCAGGCCUACGCAGACAUCAAAGGACUCACACUGGGGAGAAACCCUAUAAAUGCCUGGAGUGUGGACAAAGCUUCACUCGUAGUUCAGGCCUACGUAGACAUCAAAGGACUCACACUGUGGAUAAACCCUAUAACUGCCUGAAGUGUGGACAGAGCUUUACUCAGAAGGGACAAUUACAUUCACAUCAAAGGACUCACAGUGGGGAGAAACCCUAUAAUUGCCUUGAGUGCGGACAGAGCUUCAUUCAUAGUUCAGGCCUACGCAGACAUCAAAGGACUCACACUGGGGAGAAACCCUAUAACUGCCUGGAGUGUGGACAGACCUUUGCUCAGAAGGGACACUUACAUUCACAUAAAAGGACUCACACUGGGGAGAAACCCUAUAACUGCCUGGAGUGUGGACAGAGCUUUGCUCAGAAGGGACACUUACAUUCACAUGAAAGGACUCACACUGGGGAGAAACCCUAUAUAUGCCUUGAGUGUGGACAGAGCUUCACUCAUAGGUCAAAUCUACACUCACAUCAAAGGACUCACACUGGGGAGAAACCUUAUAAAUGCCUGGAGUGUGGACAGAGCUUUACUCAGCAGGGGCACUUACAUUCACAUCAAAGGACUCACACGGGGGAGAAACACUAUAACUGCCUGGAGUGUGGACAGAGCUUUGCUCGUAGUUCAGGAAUACGUUCACAUCAAAGGACUCACACUGGGGAGAAACCCUAUAACUGCCUGGAGUGUGAACAGAGCUUUGCUUGUAGUUCAGGACUGCGUUCACAUCAAAGGACUCACACUGGGGAGAAACCCUAUAACUGCCUGGAGUGUGGGCAGAGCUUCACUCAUAGUUCAGCACUAUGUAGACAUCAAAGGACUCACACUGGGGAGAAACCCUAUAACUGCCUGGAGUGUGGACAGAGCUUCACUCAUAGUUCAGCACUACGUAGACAUCAAAGGACUCACACUGGGGAGAAACCCUAUAACUGCCUGGAGUGUGGACAGAGCUUUACUCAUAGAUCAGGCCUACGAUCACAUGAAAGGACUCACACUGGAGAGAAACCGUAUAACUGCCUGGAGUGUGGACAGAGCUUCACUCAUAGUUCAAGCUUACGUAGACAUCAAAGGACUCACACUGGGGAGAAACCCUAUAAAUGCCUGGAGUGUGGACAGAGCUUCACUCAUAGUUCAGGUCUACGUUCACAUCAACGGACUUACACUGGGGAGAAACCCUAUAAAUGCCUGGAGUGUGGACAGAGCUUUGCUCAGAGUGGAAAUUUACGUUCACAUCAAAGGACUCAGACUGGGGAGAAACCAUAGAAAUGCAUGGAGUGUGGACAGAGCUUUUCACGGAGUAAGUUUAUACAUAAACAUCAUAAAAUUCACCCUAAAGAUAAUGGUGUUAAUUGACCCCAGAGUGUCAUUCUAACAUGUACAAAAGCAACUCUUGCACAUUUUGGAAAUUCAAGCUCAAAGUUGGAACAUUUCAUCACAUGUGGUGUAUUGAAGAAAGAUUGAACUAAAAUAUGUUCCAUUCUGGAAGUAAACAAGGUUAAAUGAAACUAGAGUUUUAUAUGCUGAGAAUGUUGGAUGAUCAAUUAGAAUGAAAGCAUGGGUAGUUACUGCGAGAUACUAAAGUGAGAAUUGACAGGGAUGGAAGGAAUGUUUUAUUCCAAAGCAAAAAUAAUGGCUUAUGAAGAUCUGCAAAUUAGCCAAAACGAACAAACUGACAACAAUGUGAGCAAAUGUCAGUUGUAAUAUCUAUUAAUUGGAAGAGUGUUAUCAGAAAUAGAAGUGUGGUUAUAUUAUAUUAUCUAAAGGGAGAAGAAUAAUGAGAGAUAAAAAUUAACAGAUCGAAUGAGGCCUUUAGGCACGUAUCCCUAUCUGAUUUCUAGUUCAGUUGUGUGUUUAUGUAGGUAAUUGUUUCGAUAGUGUGUUUGUUUCUGAUUUAGUUUUGUAUCUCUUGUAGUUAGUUUCAUGUUCAGUUGAAGCAUUAUAUAUAAUUUCUGCAUUUUUUGUAUUGUUGCUUUUAAUCUUUUUUAUUUUUAUUUUUUUGCAAAAAAAAAAAGAGGGGGAUUUAAAAGGGUCAAAACUGCUGAAACUGGAAGUGUGGAUAGACCCGGUUUUAGCCCAAAAUGGGGUUGAAUGUUUAAAUGCCUUUGGACAUCAUUUCCUUCCUCGGUGUUGGUGGCAUGGGUUUGGCACCAGUCCAGCAGCUCAGUGGUUUAACUCUCUGGAGGCAAGUUUGAAUGCUGCAAUUAGCCAGAAUGAGUAGCACAUAAUGGCCUUUCAGCUUCAAAGCCUGGCUGCUUCCUCCCUGGGGGAAUCCUAGGAGGUGUUAACUGGCCCUGGUUGUUUCAUGUAUGGAAAUCCCCUGUUUUCAGAGUGUUGUUCUUUGCAAUGUUUUCUGUUCUUCUACUGCCUGUGUAGAUAAAGGAGUACCCAUGUGCAGAGCUUGAGUGCACACACUCAAAAAGAAUGGCUGUGGCCUUCACACAACAGAGGAUUGGCCAGGCUUUGAUGAUGCAAGGCUAUUCAGUACUAUUCAUGCUGGCCAACAAGGGAUUCCCCUAGGUAGGAAGCAGCCAGGCAAGUGGGGUUUAUAUCCCUGUGGAAUAAUCUCCAGGGUGGGAGAAAGAACUCUUGUCUGUUGGAGGGAAGUAUGAAUGCUGCAAUUAGCCAGAAUGAUUAGCAUGUAAUGGCCUUUCAGCUUCAAAGCCUGGCUGCUUCCUCCCUGGGGGAAUCCUUUGUUGGGAGGUGUUAGCUGGCCCAGGUUAUUUCAUGUCUGGAAUUCCCCUGUUUUCAGAGUGUUGCUCUUUAUUUACUGUCCCAAUUUUAGAGAUUAUAUUGUUCUGUAUUAUUAUACCACAGUAAUUAUUAUAUAUUAUGUUUAUAAUCUUAACGUUAUUUGAUUAGAACUGGAUUAUAUGUGGCCCCUUCUACACAGCUGCAUAAAAUCCACACUGAAGUGGAUUAUAUGGCAGUGUGGAAUCAAGAUAAUCCAGUUCAAAGCAGAUGCUGUGGAUUAUGUGCCUCUGGGUUAUAUAUCUGUGUGGAAGGGCCUUGAGUCUACACUGCCAUAUAAUCCAGUUCAAAUCAGAUAAUCGGUAUUCUAUAGGCAGUGUGGAAGAGGCCUAAGUGAACUCUGUUAGGGAGUGAAUAUAGCGGAACCAGCAGCAUCCAGUUAACACCAUGUGCAAAGAAACUCACACCAGGCAGAGGAAUUGAAAGAACAAAGGAACUUUACUCUUGCUUGUUGAGUGGAAAUAUAAAACAGUUCUGCAAUCGUACAAUGUCCAUGUAGUUGCAUAAGAUCAAUAACUAAUCAAUCAGCAUUCAAUAUAUCCAGCAUAGCAUAUUCAAACUGCUACUUGACCGUAGCUGGAGAGCAUGUCUUUUCUGUGCUCUCCCUUCCAGAUUCCCAGCUGACAAACCCAGCUAUCUGCCAGCAAACAGAUACAUUGUUUGAGGCAUGGCUUGCCUCUGCAAAAAGCUGAGCUCCCCUUUUGCAGAGAUCUUUUGCAAACAACUUUGCAAGGAUUUCUUUACACACACACACACAUAGCAAUUUGGCGCAAUAAACUCUACCUGUCCCCGAGGCGCCAUUGUGAGUUGCUAUGACAUGAAGGGGGCGGGGCCUGAAGGGGCGGGGCCUAACCUUCCGACUGGCAGCCAGGGAGAGAGCGGCUCUUCCUCCUCCCUCCUCCCUCCCUCUGCUUUCUUAUUGGAUGUCUAUGUGUUCCUGUGUGCGAGGAAGGGGAGAAGCCCCUCCAAGAACAGCCCUGGCAGCUGCCUCUCUCUCUACCUGCUCUUCUCUGCAUGCUGGGCUCCCCCGUUCGCUGUAAACACAGUCACCCUCCUCAGGGCAAGGGCGGAGAGUGAAGGGAGGGGGGCAAGUGAAAAACAGAUAUAGGUUUUGCCGGGGGGAGGGUUGAGUGAAGGACAUACCUGGGAUGGUUUGGUGUCUUGUGGCCAAACUUGGUGUGAUCUGGCCCAGUGGUUUUCUUGUUAACUUGGUCCUAGUUAUACACAUUACAUUUUUAUAUAUAGAUAAUUAUCCCGUGUCCUGUUUGGGAACCUCGCCACUUCCCAGGUGAGGCCUCGGAUCCAAAAGGUUCCAAGCGCUGACAAAGAACAGAUGCCAGCCAUAAAACCUCAAUUACCCUAUGGUAUGUGUGAGCCCCUAUAUAAAUGGGCUACAGAGAAGAUUCUGGUAUUCUGUACAAUAAAAAUCUGUUGGAAUCUG